AUAAUACGAGAACCUCCUCUUUUAUCUAUUUUUCAGAGCUUGUGGCUACGAUCACACCUUACACAAUGCCCCUAUAAAUGCAGACGCGCGUCAUGGACGUUACUAACAAUAAUAAACAACAAAAAAAAGAAGAAGAAGAAACGAGAAAUCACAUACUAAUCAGAAGGUAAAGAUGGUGAACAACAAGCAAGUCAUAUUGAGAGACUACGUAACCGGUUUCCCCAAGGAAUCAGACCUCAUCUUCAACGAUGCCACCGUGGAUCUAAGUGUUCCCGCGGGAUCUAACAAGGUUCUGUUGAAGAAUCUCUUCUUGUCUUGCGAUCCUUACAUGCGCAUUCGCAUGAGCAAGCCUGAUCCAUCCACUGCCGCUCUCGCUCUACCGUACACCCCUGGCCAGCCAAUAUAUGGGUAUGGAGUGUCUAGAGUGAUAGAUUCUGGACACCCUGAUUACAAAAAAGGAGACUUACUUUGGGGUAUUGUUGGAUGGGAGGAGUACAGUGUUAUUAAUCCAACUUCUUCCUGUUUCAAGAUCCUACACACUGAUGUUCCCUUGUCCUACUACACUGGUCUUCUCGGUAUGGCUGGGAUGACUGCGUACUCUGGAUUUUAUGAAAUCUGUACUCCUAAGAAAGGAGAGACUGUCUUCGUGUCAGCUGCAUCUGGUGCAGUUGGUCAGCUCGUUGGACAACUUGCAAAGAUUAUGGGAUGUUAUGUCGUUGGAAGUGCCGGCAGUAAUGAAAAGGUUGAUCUUCUCAAGAACAAGUUUGGGUUUGAUGAAGCAUUCAAUUACAAAGAAGAGAAAGACCUUAACGCUGCCCUGAAAAGGUGUUUCCCGGAAGGGAUAGACAUAUACUUUGAAAACGUAGGAGGCAAAAUGCUAGACGCAGUGCUCCUAAACAUGAAGCUAAACGGCCGUAUCGCCGUGUGUGGAAUGAUCUCACAGUACAACCUGGAGGAGCAGGAAGGUGUACGCAACCUAUCAACAGUCAUUUACAAGAGGAUUCGGCUUCAAGGUUUCGUGGUCUCUGACUACUAUCACAAAUACUCCAACUUUCUGGAGUUAGUGCUUCCUUAUAUCAGAGAAGGGAAGAUCACUUACGUCGAGGAUGUAGCUGAAGGACUGGAGAAGGGACCUUCUGCUUUGAUCGGACUCUUUCAUGGUAAGAACGUUGGCAAACAGCUCAUUGUGGUGGCUCGUGAGUGAUGGAUUUGAGAGACGUUUUUAGAGUUGGAAAUGAGUUAAUUAAAAAUUAUGUUGUUGUUGUUUUGUAAGUUUUAAGGUUUCUCCCAUAUAUUUCACUUUCAGUAUGAUGAAUAAAAACCCUUUUGUGUUGUAGUAUUACUGUACUAGUAUAUGAAUUUGAAUUUUUUGUU